AUGCCACCUUGGAAACAGUUAAAAGAAGCAUCAGAAGCAAGACCUGAUAUCUUACAUCAAUGUUUGUUAGCACUAUUCGAUAGUCCUUUAAAUAAAGCAGGAUUUUUACAAGUAUAUAUUAGAACUACCAAGAAUGUAUUGAUUGAAGUACAUCCACAGACUAGAAUUCCAAGAACAUUCCAAAGAUUUGCUGGUUUAAUGGCUAUAGUUAAUAUUGUUACUAAUGUUGAUCAACUUAUAGUUCAAUUAUUAAAUAAAUUAAGUAUUAGAGCUACCAAUGGUCCAGAUAAAUUAUUUAAAGUUAUAAAGAAUCCAGUUACCGAUUUCCUUCCACCUGGUUGCCGUGUAUUUUUGACAUCAUUCAGUGCACCAAAAUGUGUUGAUUUGUUUGAGUGGGUACCAGAGAUCUUUGGAUAUGCACCAUUACCAGUAGUACCAGUAUCAGCAGACGAAGAGAAUAACAAUAAUAACAACGGUGGAGAUUCAGAUAAUAUUGUAAGAAGUGCAGGUGACAGCUUUGUAGAGGGUGUAGACGAUGUAAAGGAAAAGGAAGAAGAGUCAAAGAAGAGAAAGAACGCCGAAAAGAAAGAGGCUGCCAAAAAGAAACAAAAGAUCGACGAUAAAUUAAAUGGAUUACAACAAUGUGCAAUCGUAAUCGGUGCUCUCUCCACAGGUUCCGUACACAUCGACUAUCACCACGAAGAAAUUGCUUUUUCCAACUACCCACUUUCCGCUGCCGGUGCUUGUUUCAAACUAACAACAGUAUUUGAAAAGCAAUGGGGUAUUUUAUAA